GUUUUAAAGAGUAACGAUGUUAACAAUGUAACAGGAAUGGUGACAAAAUUAACUAUGUAAUAGAAAUAGUGACUGUAUUAACGAGAAAGUAGAAAUAGUAACAAUGCCCACUUUUCCUUCGAACAACUCCGUUUUACAAACGCUCGUUCUGAGCCAGCCAAUCCUAGGAAACAAACUCCUAUAGCUUGCCCCUUCACCCCAGCGAAGCUGUCAUUCACAGGUGAAAAAGAGACGGUUACAGGUGGACCAGUCGCGUCCACCAAAUCACCAGCCCUGAGAGGUACAACUGGGCUUGGGUGCCAGCUCACGCUCUUCGGCCCCGCGCCCCUCGAAGCUGCCCCUGACCCAGCCUGCAAUGCGAGUUAACGCUGCGAAGCUGGGCUGGGGGACCGCAGGGCACAAGGGCACCGGCGCAUUUCUUCAAAAGUGGGCGCCUGGCCCUUUGAGGUGUGGGGGGCCGACGACAGCCCUCGCUCCUCCCCAGAAGUCUGCAGCGGCCGGCACCCCCAUCCCCACGCCCAGCCCCCGCCCACGGAGCAGCGCCGGGCGCGGCGGUGACUCACAGCCCAAGACUCUGGGCUGGGGCAGGUGCGCCCGGCGCAAGGUGCAGCUCCGCCCCGCUCCCCGCUCCCUAGGACCCUCGGACUGCGCUCGCCCGCUCCCACUGCCAUGGAGUUUGACCUGGCGGCAGCUCUGGAUCCCCAUCCCAAGAAGCCCCAGGGGGCCGGAGGCCCGGGCGCCCCCAAGCAUGGAUCCCCCAAAGCUCAGGUUAGUCACUGGAAAGUGGAGGGCAGAGGGGUGGGGUUGCGCUUCGUGGGGGCGGCGAAGCGCCCGGCCUCACUAUCUCCGUCCAACCAGCGAGGCCACGGCCACAGCAGCUCCGACUCCAGCAGCAGCUCCAGCGACUCGGAGACGGACAAGAAGGCUGCCGCCGGCUCGCAGCACGCCCAGAAGCCCAAAGUGAAAAAGAAGAAGGAGAAGAAGGAGAAAAAGGAAAAGCGGGCCCCCCACUGACCGGGUUCGGGCGGGGCUCAUUAAAUAAACCCUCGCCUCCGCCCUCCCU